AUGUGGCGUAUUGGCGUGUUAUUAAUAUUGUCCCUACAAGUACAGGGAAAAUUAGACACUGAUGAGGAUACAGGAGAAUCAGGGGAUCGUGAUUCAGGUGGAGACUUCAAAGUUACAAAUAAUCGUACUCAAGAUGAGAAAAUCUACGAUAGCGAGGAGAGAAUUGGCGCUGCAGUGACACAGAUAUUCCGACAUCCGUACACAGCGGCGUUAUUGAAGAAUGAAACUUACGUUUGCAGUGCCAUUAUACUGAACACAUACUGGCUACUUACACUCUCUAAAUGCUUUGAGUCUGACGUCAUAUCCUCGUACGUGACGCACAGGUACCUCGGCAACUACACCAUCAGGACCGGGAGCUCAUACAACAAUAAAGGCGGAACAAUGUCUACGAUCAAAAUGCUUAUAAAUAAUUUCGAUUCGAAAGUAUCGGCGGUUAAAUUGACAGCGCCACUUGAGUUCGGAUCGAAGAUUCACGGCGUACGACUACCGAAACCUGACGAAGAAGUUACUUUAGGUUAUCUGAGUGCAAUACUGGCUUGGACUCCUUCCGGGCACAUGAGAGUCGUGAACGUUCCAAUAAUCGAUUCUUCAAUAUGUGAACCAUCAGCUAAGCUGAUACCCGGGAGGUACAUUUGUGUCGGAGGUGUUCAAGAUCCCAAUCGACAUUUCUGCAGGAAAGACAACGGUGGAGCGGUUAUCCAGAACAACGUACUAAUAGCCAUAACUUCAUUUUUGCACACCUGCGCCCUCUACACCAAAACCCAUGCCUUCCCAAAAGUUUCAAGUUUUUCGAGAUGGCUAGACACUGUAAUCUGGGAUGAAAAUAAUCGACCGACAACAAUCAGUAGCACAACCACAGUAGUUACCACAGAAGCAAUCAAAAACGUGACCGAACCAAGCGAAAAAAACGUUUACAUAGAUCCAAGGAAAUUCAUGCUAACACUACCAUUUGAUCCAAUUAACGUGCCUCUGGAACCGGCUGAAGACAACUCCGUGUUACCAAGAAUGAGUUUGUAUGAAUCAUAUCUCCAAAACAUUGCGAGAGCUAAAACAUCAACGACAGCGGAUCCAAAUGCCGUGGAAGAAGAAAAGAAGGAAUGGAUGAGAAAGUUUGGAAACUCUAUACUGAUGAUGGACCCAAAGGCAUUGUCUAAAAAAUUUGACCAAUACGACUAUAAUUGA